AGGCAGGGGUGGGACGGUGCAGGCGCAGAGAAUUGGUUUGGCUGGCUUGGAUUUAAAGCGAUAGAAGCUGUUGGAGUCCUACAAGGCAGUCCCCGAUACCCUCCCCUCAAGUCCUUGGGGCCAUUUGGGUCCCCAGAACUGGGGAGAUGGUUUGCGGCGGAUUUGCCUGUUCCAAGAAUGCGCUGUGCGCUCUCAACGUGGUUUAUAUGCUUGUGGGCUUAUUGCUCAUUGGCGUGGCUGCCUGGGGCAAGGGCCUGGGUCUGGUGUCCAGUAUUCACAUCAUUGGAGGAGUCAUUGCUGUGGGAGUCUUCCUUCUCCUCAUUGCAGUGGCUGGGCUCGUGGGGGCUGUUAACCACCACCAAGUGCUGCUCUUCUUUUACAUGAUCAUCCUUGGCUUGGUCUUCAUCUUCCAGUUUGCAAUCUCUUGCUCUUGUCUGGCUAUCAACAGAAACAAGCAGAUGGAUGUCAUCAACGCGUCCUGGUGGGUCAUGAGCAACAGUACCCGGCAUGAAUUGGAGAGAAGUUUUGACUGCUGUGGUUUGUUCAACCUUACAAUGCCGUACUUACAAGAUGAUACUUCCUGUGGUGCAAUGUGCAAGACCAGAAGUUCUGCAUGCCAGAUGUGUGGGGAGAAGUUCCUCAAACAUUCGGAUGAAGCCCUGAAAAUCCUAGGUGGUGUUGGCCUCUUCUUUAGCUUCACAGAGAUUCUUGGUGUUUGGCUGGCAAUGAGAUUCCGGAACCAAAAAGACCCCCGAGCCAACCCCAGUGCCUUUCUAUGAGACUUCUUAUCUUUCAGAUAGGAUCUUUGAAGCCUAGGCUGGUCUCCAACUUGCUAUGUAGCCAAGGAUGACCUUGAGUUCUGGAUCCCCCUGCCACAGCGACCCAGUGGUGGGGUUACAGGUGUGUCACCACACUCAGCAAGUCUCUGGAUCCUUGCUUUUGCUCUCCCCUCCUAAACUCCUGAAAACCUAGGUGUGGUUCUCCCCCGACACAUGUUGUUUGUUUUAAAGAACCUAACCCACUAAACCUAAUUAAGUGGUUAAACUUUUGUUUUUACAAAUUUUGAUGGAAACAAGAUAUAGGGAAAGAAAAACUUAAUACCUCUUUCUGGGAGAAUAUAGUAUUACUCCUAGAAGCAUGGAUGGGAGCUGGGAGCUUUUCCUAACUGUUUUCCCUCACUUAGACACCCUAGCCUGGCUCCAAGGACAAAUCAGAAAAUACCAGGGGAAACAACUUUUGUGGGGAGCGCGCCAGGGCUACAGCCCAGGGCCUCACACAUGAUAGGCAAGUGUUUCUAUCAUAGCAGUCUUACCCAGGCAGGACCCAGAGUGAAGCAGAGACGUAAAACUAAAGCCAUUUUAACUGAAAACAAAAACAAACAAAAAAAACGAGAAAGGAUAGAAAGGUCCUUUUCAAUCUUGUCAGCCAAACAGCCGGACUGCCUAAGUCCUGUGUGACAGCCUACAGGUGUUGCAGAGAACCCUCUUGCAAGUGGGCUCUCAAAUCUCCCAAAGGCAAACCCAAUCAGAAAAACAUUAAAGGGGUGAAAAAAAAGACCAUA